AUGGCAACCGCCACAAACCCAACAGGUUAUGGGCCCAGAAGGGGACAACUAUUUAACGGCGAUGAAAGUAAAUAUGAACUAUGGGAAGUAAAGUUUCUGGCGCAGAUGAGGCUACAAAAAUUACACGAUAUAUUUGUGCCAGGUGAUAAAGAACCCGAUGAGUCGAGGAACGGAGAUGCUUUCGCGGAGUUGGUACAAUGCCUAGACGACAGAAGUCUGGCGCUAGUUAUACGCGAAGCAAAAGACGACGGGCAGAGAGCAUUGGAGAUAUUGCGACAGCACUACCAAGGAAAGAGCAAGCCUCGAGUUAUCUCACUAUACACAGAACUGACGACGCUCAAGAAAACGGACAGUGAGAGUAUCGUUGAUUGUGUCAUACGGGCUAAAACGGCUGCGACAGCAUUGAGAAACGCAGAUGAAGCUGUAAGCGACGCGUUAUUGAUCGCGAUGGUGCUAAAAGGAUUACCAAGUAACUUUAUUAAGACAUUCUCGGCGAUAGUUGUCCAACGAGACAAACAAAUGACAUUUGCAGAGUUUCAA